AUGUUUCCUCUGUUGCGAACACCGGCACUAACACUAUUAACAACAACAAUAACAACAGCAGUACCCAUAUUACUCGUAAAUGGUGUGACGAGUGCAGUUGCUGUGGCGGCGUCACUAGUUGCAACGGCAGCGAUGGCAUCUGCACCGGUAAUACCCACUGACAUUUACACUUUGCCAACAAGCCAAACAACAACAAUAACAAUGGGAUGGGAAGUAAAAAUUGUUGAAUAUAACAAGGAAAACCGCUACAACAACCGGCCAGCGGCAUGUCAGCUUGUGAAUAUGCAAUUGAAUGAAUUUCGUGGCGGAAUUAAGGGGAUGUGCAUGCAUAUAAGUUCAUACCUAUGUAUGAAUGUAUCGGCACAUAUACGCAGGGUGUGGGUGCGUAUUAAAAUGCGUCCAAAAGGUCUUACAGAUCUAGAAAUAAAACAGAUAAUAAACUUCGAUUGGAAUAAUUCUGAUGAUGAAGAAGAUGAGGAAGAAGAGUUAUAUGAUUCGAAUCUGGAGAAAUUCAUUGAAGAAACGAUGGAUAAAGUAAUGGAAAGAGGGGAAAACGUUGAAAUAAAUUUGAUAGACGGUAUUGUUGGAGAAGAUGAGCAUGCUGAUGAAGAAGUUGAAAAUGUUGCGGACACAGAAAAUAUCGCCGAAUGCUCUAAGGAAGAAGCGUCUGAGUUUUGGAAAAAGGUGGCGGAGGAGCUUAACAGCAUGGGCCCACCUCAGAAGGACAUCACUAGCUGGAAAAAGGUAUGGCUAGACUGGAAGGCGUAUAUUAAAAGGAAGCUAGCGGAAAACAAAAUAGAACAGAGGGCUACUGGUGGCGGUCGAAACAGGCAGCACCAUUUCAAUGAAAUGGAGGAAGCUGUCAUCCGAUUGACUGCACUAGAGACUAGCACGAAUGGAAUUGAAAACACUGUGAGUGUUGGGCUACCUGUUGCAGGCGAUUCUGAAGCUGAUAUCGGGGCUGACGUGUCAAUGACGUCAUCGAGCCGCAGUCCAGCACUUCCGAGACGUAUUUCCUCUGCGCGCAAACCAACUGAUACAAGUACAGCAGAAGUACUUCAAGACCAUUUUUUGCUUCAAAAGGAAUUUCAGGAAAAGACCAUAGCACGCUAUUCAAUACAGGAACAAAAGCUGGAAGAUAUUUGUUCCGGUUUACGACGCUUAUACCUAGCAAUGGAAAAGCACUACGACCUGAAGAAUAUAGAAGUGGAAGAAACCCAUAGACACAACCAAUCCAUGGAAGAUUUGAUCAAUGCUAAAAAUCCAAUAAAAAAACAAAUGUUAUUAGUUGAGCAAAAAAGCUUAAAUGCGAUUUCCAAAAACAACUGAAA